UAGCUGCUACUACUUACGUUACUAUUCAAUCAAUACUAAUCAGCUUUGUAAUUUUUCGUUAACCGCAUAUUAUUUAAUCAUAUAAAGAAGAUGGCGCCAAAGCUCAUAUAUCUAAUCGUUGGAGCUUUCGUGGUCACAAGCCGAUUUGGAAAUGCCUAUGCGCAAUCUGUGAGUUGCGAUAAUGCGGGGCAACCUCCGCUAUUAUUAGUAAGAUCAUCACUGCCGUUAUUUCAAACCACGAAUCCAAAGGAUACCGAAGCAAUAAAAGGAUAUAUCGCCGAAUUGCUGGCCGAGCUAGCACUUGAUGACAAGGAAAAGCAAAAUACUGAAAUUGACAGCAGCUGUCCAUUGAGGGAAAGUGAUCGCCAAGAAACUCAAGCAUUAAUUAAAACUCUUUUGGAAGAGCUAAAAGGCAAGUACAACAAAUGAAAAUAAAUCAAAGAGAUCUGUAGAAACUCUGCAAUACAACUUUUGGAGCAUAAGAAAGACUACGUUCAUGAAAAAAUAAAAAUAAAGUAAUGGGGUAGAAUUAGCCGUAUGAGCAAAUAAAAUUUUAAGAGCAUCUAUCUAUA